AUGCUUAGUCAUGCUGUGGAGAUCAGAAUUCUAGAAUUCACAAUUGUGCUGUCCACUCUUGUGCGAUCACCAAAUGCGCGCAUUAUUGGAACAAAAUGUGUUCCGGUGCCCCCUCACCUGCAAGUGCUCAGCACCUUGAGGUAUAUGGCCACAAGUAAUCAUCAGCUGACAAUUUCAGACUGCUACAAUGUUUCACAAUGUUAUGCAAGCAGAUGUAGCAGCCGUGUGACGCGAGUUAUUUCCAGGAUGAGCCAUAACAUCGUCAAGAUGCCUGGAGCAAAUGAAACACUCCGAGUGAUGGGGGAUUUCAUGGCAAUUGCUGGAAUGCCUGCUGUUGUUGGCUGCAUUGACUGCACCCACACAACCAUCAAAAAGCCACCUGGGGACCGAUCUGAGAACUUCAGCAACACGAAAGGAGUAUUUUCCUAA